UUUAGCAGAAGGCAGCCGCAGAAGCAGGACUGGGCAUCCUCUCUUUUCCUCUGCACCUGCGGCAAUAGCUGAGCCCAGGAGCGGGCUGCACUUCUCACAAGGAAAUGUUACUGUAGAAGAUUAGUCAGAUGCCUCCUCUACUUUCCUUGCAUCACAUGGUGUGUCAUGCAAGGUUAGAAAUACUGACCUCAUAAUUUAAAUUAAAUAAUUAGACAAACACAAUGGAAGGCACUUAUACUGUCCUCCAGUUGCACAGACCCAUUAUGGAGCUUUGCUACGUCAGCUUCUAUCUCCCAAAGGGGAAAGUCAGAGGUUUCACAUACAAGGGCUGUGUAACUCUGGACAAGUCCAGUAAACAUUUUCAUCGCUGCUAUCGAGUGAGCGAAGGCUCGGAGGCAGUAGGAUCGAGAGGGCAGACCUGUGAAAACAUUGGAGACAUCUUCUUCAAGCAAACAACUACUAAGGAUAUUCUCACUGAGUUGUAUAAACUGAAUGCUGAGAAGGAGAGGCUGUUGGCUACUCUCCUUAGUUCAAGCCACAUUCUAGGUGUUAAAAUGGGGAACCAGGAGGGGAAGCUGCAAGACAUUUCUGAAAGCCUGAAAUAUAGCCAUGAUGGCAGACAGGGUUUCAAGGAUCAACAAGAGUCUCUUUCGGGAUCUAUGGAGAAGAGGUCCACUCCAAAAAACAAAAAAACCAGGAGAUUCAGCAAACGUAGAGAGAGCAUUGAGGACUUCAUAAACAAGAAAAUGAAAAGGAAGACUCCUGGCGUUUUGGAGCCAGCAGCAUUAAACAGCAAAGCAAUGUUGUUGGGAAAUGAUAAAUUUCUUUCUGCCAAAUAUUCCAGCUCAUUUGCAUGUUCUCGUCAGGAGAAGGUGGAAGACAAAGAUGAUUUAUCAUCAGAUGUGAAUAAACUGGCAGAAGGAUCCAAGAGAGAGUGGUAUUUGCUUGAGAACAGCCGGGCUUUGGGGUCUGAUACAGAUCUCUCUGUUUCUUUCUCUGAGUAUGACAAUGAUGUGUUUGGACACUGUUUUGCACAUAGCCAUAGUCUGCUAGAUGAUGUAGAGGACACCCUUAAAGGGAUCCAGGUGCAGCAGAGCAGCCCGUCGCGGACCUCUUUCCAGGGAACGUCAACCAAUGAAUCUGAGGCUUUUGAGAAGACCUCAGCCUCUGAAAUGGUGCACGGUUAUGAGCGUAUUGCAGGAAACUGCAAAAGCAAGCCUCACGUUGGAGUGGUCUCAAAAGCGGAAGUCUCUGAAUGCUACCUGCAGAACAUUGGACGCGCCUCUGGGGAAUACUGCGAAGUACCUUAUGCCUCAAGUGAGGGGAGCAAAGAAUCUGUCGGUUCUGGUUUCGCCACUGUAAAACAGGAGAAAGAGCAGAAAGGCUAUAUUCCACAACAUAAAGGAGAACAAGACCAUGUUAUUGACGACUCAUGUAGUCUAGCGGGAGUCGUCAAUAAAACCUUACUGAAAGUUACACAGUAUGACAGAUUAGAUGAAACGGCAGAAUGGAAGCGAUUACAGGCUGUUACAAGAGCAGACAGAAGCCCAGCAGGCUUGGUAUAUGAAAAAAGAGCUACGGUACCCCAGGAGGACAAAAAGCAUUUGUCUUUACACCUGCCAAUAAAUCUGAAUCCCGAUACUUGCCAGGCAAGGACCAUCAUUAAACAGGAAGAUAAAAGGCCACUGUCUCCGUCCUUAGUAGCAAUUAGCAAUGUUUUUAAUAAUUCCUAUCCACUGUCCAAUACAUACAAACAGAUGUCGCCUCUUCCUUCUCCUUUAUCCUCAAGUCUGCCUAGCCCACAGCUACACCACAGAAUACUUCCAUUGCCCAUGCUUGACACUGAAGAAGAGUCUGGCGCUAGUGAUGAUUGCCGUUCAAGACAUUCCACUACAAAUUUCUCAUUGGGCAAAGAUUUUGAAGCACAGUUGCAACUCAGGUUUUCUGAAUUUGGACAUCCCGGACUUUCUGUGAAACAACCAGGGCUACAUCAAGUUGCCAGUGAGGACGACUUUGAAAAAAGCACCCUUCAAGACAAAAACCGUGUUCAACUACAGCACAAACUGCACCCAGGUAUUCCAUCAGAUGCUGCUUUGAAGAAUGACUUUUCAGAACAGGCAGCUAAUAUACAUGCCACAAAUAAAGAUGGUGAUGCCUGGGUUUUAGGUUGCAGGUUGGGAGAAUCUUAUCCAUCUACCUGUUUCAGUGAGUCAGAGAGAGCUGACAGAAAUUCACUGCGCCUGGACCUAAAUGUGAGUAGUUCUAUCAAUGACUUUAUUAAUUGCUAUUGAUUCAAACUGUUGUUUAUGAAAUAGUCCACUAACGACAUAGUUAAUUAGCUCUUCUUUUUAAUGUAUAAUUUAUAAGACUUCUGUUCUACCCUGAAUACGGGAUUCACAGUAAUCUCCUGUCAAAGAGACUGCUCAGGCCCAUGCCUGAUUAGCGUCAGCAAUGCUACAACCUCAGAUGUUUACAGACCAUUAUUGGGUUCCAGGCAAUAAAGCCUUUAAUAUUCUGAUAUUGUGAAGCCAGUUUCAUACUAUCAUGCAGCAGUUUUCAGCCAAAUGAUCAGCAACUGCUGCAGCAGUGCUCGGAGUUGAACUAACGUGAGCAAUGCUGACAUCUGUUGGCAAAGCUACAGGAAUGGAUUAGAAAUAAAUCAGAUUGCUGCAUGCAUGCCCUUAAGAAAACUUUUGUUUUGUGCAUGUUUACUUGCUUGAUAAAGUAACUUAGAAUUUGUAUGUUCAGUUUUGGCUAUAAUUUUACAGUGGCUUUUUAUGUUAGCAUUUUACGUAUGAGUUAAAUGGUGGAAAUGAAUAACUGGUGCUAAAUUGGAUAUUCCUUUAUUACUAGUUAUUCCUAACGUUGUAGGCAGUUACGAGCUAAAUUUAAAAAAAACCUGAAAUGAGUUCAUUAAUUAGUUUGUUGUGUCUAAUGUGAAACAACAGCAGAUACCACAAACUAUUUUAAUGUUUGUUUUAAUGACAUUCCCCCCCCCCUUCCCUCCUCAUGCACCUGUAUUUGUACUGUCUUCAUACUUGGGAGUCCUGUACUUUUAAUGUGCACCCAAUUAAGACUACGAGUUGACAUAAGUUAGGGAAUUUGCCAUCAUCUUAUUUUAAUAAGUAAUAUUUCUGAAGCUCUCAUUGUAUAUUUAAGAAUCCUUCAUACCAUAAUAACAAAAUAGGCAUUCUAACCCGACUCUUAAGUUGACUUUCUCCAUCACAAUGCACAAUAAAAAGACGAGCCUAAAGGGAAAGGAGUGAUAGCUGGGCUUUGAAUAAUUGUACCUUGGUUUUCGAACAACUUUGUUCUUGAACCCU